CGCCACCUCUCGGCGGCACCACCUCCCUUCCUCUUCCUCCUAGCAGAAGCUUAUCUUUUUGAAAUAAGAAAUUUAGGAGAAGUUUAUCGAUGCGAGCGAGGACCAUCACGAGUUCCUUGCGUUCCAAAAGGGCCCCAGCCUGCUGCCUGCGCCUCCACGCGCACAACACAAAGCUCCCACCCCGUCUCGAAUCCGUCUCCGAGUUUCGUCGGUCCAGACCCCGGGGUGCCGCGCGCCCUUGUGUUCUGAACCUCCUCACCUACCUCCCCUCCGCUCCGCUCCUCCGGCUAUAUCUUCUUCUCGUCGGUGGCUGUGAAUUUCUUUCUAGGUACAGGGUUGAGAGUUCGUUGUUGUCGGAAGGGGAGCUGAGCCUUGGACUUGGAGAUGGCAAGCUUCAGUGAAGAGAAGAGAGCAGCUCCGCAGAGGGACGAGGCACCUUCCCGGAGCAAGUACGGCGGCAUUUCGCCGAAGAAGCCCCUGAUCAGCAAGGACCACGAGCGCGCCUACUUCGACUCGGCAGAUUGGGUCCUCGGCAAGCACGGCGCGAGCAGCAUCAACGGCGCGACGGUCCCGGCCGCCGAGCCCCUCAAGCCCAAGCUGCAGCGGACGGCGUACCACCAGCUCCCCCCGCGAAGGCCGGCGUGCACGUCGGAGUAGCUGGCGCGCGGCUCCCCUGUCCCGUCGCGUCGGCGGCGUCGCUGCUGCUACUGCUAGCUCGUGAUGCGCAGGCGGAACGGUGCUGUGGAUGUGAAUGUGAUGAGCGAUCACUCACACUAUAGGGAGCCAGGAUCCGUGGAGUUGGGGCCAAUUGGGUUGUAAAUACGGGGACGCAUGCUGUCAGCCUGUCACUGCUCAGCAGUGUGGAGCUAUCUGAAAUGAAGUGAUCGGUGCACCCGGCGUCUCGUCUUCACUCUUCAGUCUUCGUUUUGGUUUCUGCUGCUUCUUCAGUGUAAUCGCGUCUUCAGCCUUCGCCAUUGUAGUAGAGCUUAGGCUCAGGUACGCGCGCCGCGGGCUGCCGGGCUGCCUGGCCUUUGCUGUCGUUUUGAAUGGAACUGCGGCCUUUUUUCUAUUUUUAUAUUUUUUAAAAAUAUUUUUUACAGAAAUAUAUUUUUGGUUUCACAAUUUACAGUUUUAUACCCCUACCGCCUGCAAUGUAACAGCUUGCAAUAUAUUUGUGUGUACAAAACUAAGUAUAUUAUGUA